AUGGAUGAUUCGCCUGGGGCUGGAACUGGAAACAUCGUCUCCUUCAAAAACCUGCAAGAAAACGAACGAGUGUAUUAUCAUGUUCGAAACGUAACUGGAAUAGCCCCUGAUUAUACCGUCUUUCCAUAUGGCUACCCGUAUAUUGGCUUGAGAAAAAACUGCGAGGACUGUCCUCAUUUCUGGCAAGAUGGCUCUGUUUUCAGCUUUACGAACUGGUACGACAAUGAGCCCAGAAUGGUUGAGUACUACAAUUGUGGGCAAAUUCAAGUGAGUGGUAAUUUUAAUGGAAGAUGGCGAAACACUAUUUGUUCUGGAAAUUACCCUGGCUAUUGCGAAUAUUUCCCAAAAGGUCGCCCUGAGCCGCUGAAAGUACCAAAUUUCCCCGAUUCCAUCCCAUUCGGAGGGUGCAAGCCUGGGUGGUGGCGAUUCGGUGGCUUUUGCUACAAAGAGUUCGGCAUUUCUUCAAAUUUUUGGGAUCCAAGUAGCUUCAAAAAUUUCGCAGAUGCAAAUGCUAGCUGCAAUGCGGAGUGGGAAGGCGCAACUUUGGCUCGAGUUCCAACAAGUCAGCACAACUCGGUCGUGGCUUCCCUUCUUGGUCCAUUAAAAAGUGGGUAUUCGCCAUGGAUCGGCAUUUCUACUUUUACUUAUGCAGAGUACAAUUUCGCCCAAAUCAACGGAGACAGGUUGAUCUACUCCAAUUGGAUGCCUCACCACCCAAAUCACCUUCAAAAUGGACUCGAAGACUGUGUCGAAUUAAAAUGGUCGACUGAAUUUUCAUAUUUCGGUGUCUCUCGCCUCGGGCAAUGGGAAAAUCGCCCCUGUACAGAGGAAAAACCUUACGUCUGCUCACAUGAAGAAAGUGGAGAAUUUCAAACAUACGAGUAUCCUGAUGAUUAUGUAUACCCGGAAGCAGGAGUGGAAUGUGCAGAGAGCUGGUUGCCAAAAGAAUAUGGCUGCUACAAAAUCUUCUUGGAAGAGAAGAGCUUCAAUGAUGCGAAUAAAUACUGUAGUGAUGAGGUGAAGCAGCGAAUGCCAAAUGCAAACGGAAGUCUCGUUACAUUCUGGGAUGACUACGAGCAGAACCUCGCUUUCUCAUUCUUUCGGGACGAUACUGUACCCGCUCGAGAUGAAAUAAAAUUAGAAACUACUUUCUCAAAAGGAAUCUGGGUUGGGAUGACGAAACAACGACAGGGCUACUUUCGCGACUGGCGCUGGGUGGAUUUUUGGCCUAUCGAGGGAACUCAGUGGGCCAUCGGCAGACCUGAAAAAGGCAAUUCAACGAGCAGAAAGGAAUGUGCGUAUUUGACAAAAGACAACACUGUUUACGACGAAGAUUGUAAUGAAAAGAUGCCGUUCAUUUGCAAAGCCGCAUUUGGCAACAAUUCAUAUCACUGGGGUGGCGUUUCGGAGGCUCUUGGAGAAAAACUAGGAUGUGAUGAUGGAUGGUCGAAUUUUGGCGAUCAUUGUUUCAAAGGAUUUACAGAGCAGAUGACGUGGCAAGACGCUAGAAAAUCAUGCGUUGCUCAAGGUGCAGAUUUGCCUUCUAUUCAUUCGAGAUAUUCUAACAACAGAAUUCAGCAAAUUUACAGAAACUUGACAAUUCUUGACGAAAACGAGUCUGGCCCCUGGAUUGGUCUUAUCACUUACCCAAGCUACACCUGGGUCGACAACACCGGCCUGUCUUACGUAAACUGGGCAUAUGGAGAGCCAAAUAACAUCAAUGGGGGAGAAGCGUGUGGCCAAAUGUACCAAACAGGAUCAUGGAACGAUGAGAAUUGCGAUUACCAGCAUCCUUACAUUUGCCAAAAAAUAGCUACUUAUGAAAACUGCGUUUAUGCAAAAGCCUCGACGAAUGGGUUUCCUGAACAAGUGGGACCGGCUGGAAUCAACGAAGUCGAGUGCGUCUUUGAGUACAAUGCCUGUUGGGAUCCCUUCAAUCCGGUAAAAUGUUUCAAGCCAGUAAAACAAAAAGAAUCGCUUCAUCCUGGAAUCACCGCAGGAGCGGCAGUUGGAGCAACUCUCGCUGUUCUCGCCGCAGUUGGUGGAGGAUACUACUAUUACAAGAAUUUCUACUACUGA